AUGGCGGUGAAGAUUGACGUCGCUGCUAAAAUGAUAGUGGCGUUGGAGGUGGGUUUCAACGAGAAAAGGGGUGGCGGAGCAGGAGGACAACGAUGGAGGUGGGGGCUAAGACUUACUACGCCGCAUCCACCACCACCACCGUUAACCUCCGCAUCGACCAGUUUGAGAUCGACGAUGGUUUCGCUCAAAAUGGAAGACAUGUCUCUGCCUACACUCUUCGAGCAGGCUCAUAAAAUUCACCUUCUCGCAACUGAUUCUGCCGUUGACAAGGAGACAUUGAGAAAGGGUUGCGAAGCAUUACAACAGUGCGAGGAAAUGAUUAGCAAAUUAGGGUUAUUUUCAGCUAACGAGACUAAGGAAGAUAUCAGUACUACAAAUCUCAAAUAUAUUCUGGUGCCAUUUUAUAUUGCUGAAUUGAUAGAGAAAAGUGGGCAUGAUGACAGGAUUGAAAAUUUGAAGGUUUCACAGUCUAAGAUAAAGGAAUUUCUUGCAUUCUGUGAUGCAAUGGAGCUUGUACCUGAAGAUGAAUUGGAAACACAUAGUGUUGUAGAUAGAAGGGCUAAGAAGAUUGCUAGGUUUAAGAGGCAACGAGCUGCAGAGUCAAAGCUAUUAGAAUUAAAGGAACGCAAAGAACGACGUGGGCGUUCAACUAAAGCUGCAGCCCCCCUUUCUACAUCUACUCCUCCCCCUGGAGAUGAUGAUGAUGAUGAUGAUGAUGAUGAUGAUGUACUUGAUGAUGAUGAGGAAAGGGAGGCAUGGCUAACAACAAUCUCAUUGGCUAUCUGCAAGGCUCUUGAUCUGAUCGAAAUGCUGAAGAAAGAGGAGGAGAUGCUUUCUGCAAUAAAGGAAAAGCAAGCGCAGGAAGGAGGUAUUGAAAUUUCGGAGGCUAUUCUGGAGGAACGUGCGAAAACCGUACAAGACUGGCAUCGAAACGCUGCUGCUCGUGCUCGAUACAUGAAACCAGCAACACCGAUAACAUGUGCUACUUUUGCUCAGGAUGUUUUGGAGGGAAGAGCAAAUGUAUCACAGCCACACGAUCAUAAACACCAACAACCACUCUUGUUUGGGCCUGCUAGUCUCGUGGGUGGUGGAAGUCUUCUAACAAAUGAUAGGGAAAGGAUUGCUGCCCAAGUUUUCCAACCUGGUCACAGAUUGCCAACAAUGAGCAUAGAAGAAGCUGGGAUGAAGGAGAUGGAGAUGAUGAAUAAAUGGCAAGAGAGGACUGCGAAGAUGAUAGAGGAAGCAAAUUCUUCGUGGCAUAACGACAAGUGGAAGCCGAGAGCAGGUGGUGGAGAUGAUGAAGAUGAAGAUGAUGAUGAUGAGGACAGGGCAAGGGCUUUUGAUGAUUGGAAAGAUGACAACCCUCGAGAGAUAAACAGUAUGACGAAGUUGAAAUGGGAAAAGGAAAUACUGCAGAUUGAAGAACCAUUCUUGGCAAAUAUUUUUGAAUUUAAGAAGUAGCAAGAUUUUGUAAAACAAUCAUGUACCCAUUUUAAUUCAACAUCCUUAAUUAAUUGUAUUCAACACAAAUUGGUCCAAC